AAAGUAUUUCAACAACAGUCAGUGCGCAGGACCGAGACCGACAGCCGCGUCAAUGUGGAAACAGAAACACCGAUACGAGUAAAGGAUAAAAAUACGGGUGGUAUCCCUGGCGGAUUAUUUCACGCAAAUUAAAAAGAUUAAGGAGGACAUUUCUUCUGAGAGGGCCCUGUGUUUCCAGAGAAGAAGAAAGCCUUCAGUGGAAAUCUUAUGGACGAAGAAAUGAGUCGCCAGACCGCUGCAGCGCUCCCCACCGGAACCUCCAAGUGCGCCCCGUCCCAGCGCGUGCCGGCGCUCUCGGGCACCACGGCGUCCAACAGCGACCUGGCCAGCCUGUUCGAGUGCCCCGUCUGCUUCGACUAUGUGCUGCCGCCCAUCCUGCAGUGCCAGAGCGGCCACCUGGUCUGCAGCAACUGCCGGCCCAAGCUGACGUGCUGCCCCACCUGCCGCGGGCCGCUGGGCUCCAUCCGCAACCUGGCCAUGGAGAAGGUGGCCAACUCGGUGCUCUUCCCCUGCAAGUACGCCUCGUCGGGCUGCGAGGUGACGCUGCCGCACACGGAGAAGGCCGAGCACGAGGAGCUGUGCGAGUUCCGGCCCUACUCCUGCCCCUGCCCCGGGGCCUCCUGCAAGUGGCAGGGCUCGCUGGACGCCGUCAUGCCCCACCUGAUGCACCAGCACAAGUCCAUCACCACGCUGCAGGGCGAGGACAUCGUCUUCCUGGCCACGGACAUCAACCUGCCGGGGGCGGUGGACUGGGUGAUGAUGCAGUCCUGCUUCGGCUUCCACUUCAUGCUGGUGCUGGAGAAGCAGGAGAAGUACGACGGGCACCAGCAGUUCUUCGCCAUCGUGCAGCUCAUCGGCACGCGCAAGCAGGCCGAGAACUUCGCCUACCGCCUGGAGCUCAACGGGCACCGGCGGCGGCUCACCUGGGAGGCCACGCCCCGCUCCAUCCACGAGGGCAUCGCCACGGCCAUCAUGAACAGCGACUGCCUGGUGUUCGACACGUCCAUCGCCCAGCUCUUCGCCGAGAACGGCAACCUGGGCAUCAACGUCACCAUCUCCAUGUGCUGAGGGCGGGGCGGGAGGGCGGAGUUUGACUCGACUGACUGACAGACGGACGUGCGCCUACCGUACACACACACAGACACACACGCACGCACGCGCGCUAAGGGGGAUUACCUCGGGCUCUCAUCCGUUAAAAAAAAGUGAAGAUCUCACCCAAGGAACUUUGUAUUUGUCCAGCGUAUCAAGCCGCUCGCCAGCUUCCGAGCGCAGAUUCUCUGCGCUAACCAGAUGGUCAGCUCCUGUCGCAGCCCACCAUCCUCUCAGUAUCCUUGUGCCAGGAGGCUCUUGUCGGUAACGGUCUGUAGUACAGUGUUUAUAAAUAUGCGUGGAGGCAUGCUCAGCGACACAACCGUCAUGCACCAGGCAGAUGAUCGGACCGCAAUCUUUCCACGUUCGGAGCAUGGGAGCUCAGACUACGGUUAGCCUUUUGAAUCUGCCCAGUUGCUCGCUUGGUACAUCCAGCAAACAGUUUCCUUGAGUUUAAUUUUCAAUAAAUUAAUUUCAACCUUCA